GCUCCCUGCCCGACCGCGCGGCUCGCAGAGCGGACACUGCGCCUGGCGUGGGCCGGUCAUGAUGGAGCCCGGAGCGCCGUGAAGCUCGGCGGGAGGAGGCUUCUUCUUUACGGGCUAAGCCCGCGGUGGAAAAAAAAAAGAUGUCGAAGAGCCUCAAGAAGAAGAACCACUGGACCAACAAAGUCCACGAAGCGGUGAUAACCCGCGGGAAGGACGGGGAGCUGGGCUUCGAGCUGAAGGGGGGCGCUGAGAACGGCCAGUUCCCGUACUUCGGCGAGGUGAGGCAGGGGAAGGGGCUGAUCCAGAGCGGGAAGCUGGCCCAGGAUGAGCUGCUGCUGGAGGUCAACGACAUGCCGGUGGCCGGGCUCACCACCCGGGACGUGCUGGCCGUCAUCAAACACUGCAAAGACCCGGUCCGCUUCAAAUGUGUCAAACAAGGGGGGGUAGUUGACAAAGAUUUGCGGCACUACCUCAACCUGCGCUUCUCUAAAGGCUCAGUGGACCACGACCACCAGCAGAUCAUCAGAGACAACCUCUACCUCCGCACGGUUCCCUGUACCACCAGGCAGCCUAAGGAGGGGGAAGUACCUGGGGUGGACUACAAUUUUGUGAGCGUGGAGCGUUUUAUGGAACUGGAGCAAAGUGGAGCUCUGCUAGAGAGUGGAACCUAUGAAGAUAACUUCUACGGCACGCCAAAACCUCCAGCGGAGCCGUCCCCGGCAGCCCCUCCUCUGAAUGUGAGUGAGGCCCUGCUUCCCGGAGCCCGGCCCAGUGCCCAGGGCAAGAGAAAGAGGAACCAGUCGGUCAGCAACAUGGAGCAGCGCGCCAGCAUGGAGCCACCAGAGGAGGAGGAGGAGGAGAGCCCAGUCGUCAAUGGCAACGGGGUGGCUAUCACGCCAGAGUCGAGUGAACACGAGGACAAGAGCACAGACGCCUCUGGGGAGGUUGCGGUUGAAGGGUCCAUCCAGGCCCCGGUAUCAUCUGAGCCUGCGACGGAAGGGGAGGAGGCCCCCAAAUCUCCCUCCAAGUCCCCUUCCAAAGCCCCAGACGUAGACGAGGAAGAGCUGGGUCCUCUGCCGGACAACUGGGAGAUGGCCUACACAGAGAAGGGAGAAGUUUAUUUUAUAGAUCACAACACCAAAACUACAUCGUGGCUCGACCCGCGGCUCGCAAAGAAAGCGAAACCGCCGGAGGAGUGCAGGGAAGACGAGCUGCCGUAUGGCUGGGAGAAGAUAGACGACCCCAUCUACGGCAGCUACUACGUAGAUCACAUCAAUCGAAGGACUCAGUUUGAGAAUCCAGUUCUGGAAGCCAAGAGGCGCCUGGAGCAGCAGAGACAGAUGCAGAGCCAGGGACUGUCUGCUCUACCUUUACCCACAAUCUACAGAGAAAAGCCGUUGUUUACGAGGGACCCGACCCAGCUGAAGGGCACCUUCCUGUCAACGGCCCUGCAGAAGAGCAACAUGGGAUUUGGCUUCACCAUUAUUGGAGGCGAUGAGCCCGACGAGUUCCUGCAAGUGAAGAGUGUUAUCCCAGAUGGGCCGGCUGCUCAGGACGGGAAAAUGGACACAGGGGACGUUAUUGUCUACAUUAACGAUAUCUGCGUGCUCGGCACCACGCACGCAGACGUUGUGAAGCUGUUCCAGUCCGUGCCCAUUGGUCAGAGCGUGACCCUUGUGCUCUGUCGAGGAUAUCCUCUGCCCUUCGACCCCGAGGACCCGAGUGCUGCAGCGAGUUCUUCUCUUACGCCCAUCGGUCUGGAGCACCGUCCGCUGGUCGUGAACGGGCGCGGCAGCUACGACCCGUACCUGGAGUAUCUGUCGUUGAGCUCUCAGCUUCCCCCUCAAGCUCUGGCCCAGGCCGGGGUCUCUCAUCCCGGAGACACACAUCUGGACGGCUCGUCGCUGCCACCCACCACGCCCGGCUCGGCGUCGGCACUCACACCUCGAGACGAUAACGUUUCUAUGGCUUCUUCUGGGACUGGGGGUGUUGCCGGGGGAACAGCGUCAGGGGCGGAUCUACUGACAGUCACCAUGGUGAAAGGAGCAGAGGGAUUCGGGUUCACAAUUGCUGACAGCCCGACUGGUCAGCGAGUAAAGCAGCUCUUAGAUCCAGGCUCACAGGGGGCAUCAGGGCUGAUCGAAGGAGACCUGAUCCUGGAGGUGAACCAGCAGCCGGUAGCUGCAGCGGGACAUGGACGGGUGGUGGAGCUGCUCAAAGAGUGUCCUGUGGGAGCAGAGGCGACACUCCUCAUACAAAGAGGAGGAACAGGCCACAUCUCUCCAUGGAAGUCCUCAAAACAGUGGGACCCACAGGGCAGCCCUCAGGCCAACCCAUCAGGCCGUGUUUUACCACCUGGCACACCUUUCCCAAACCAGCCACAACACCGCACAUCGGUGCCCGAUUCCACCGAGGGCUUCGAUCUCAACAAGCCCGACCCAUACGAUCUGUACGAGAAGUCCAGGGCAAUCUACGAGAGCAGGCGUCCUGAGUACGAGGAGGUGGAGGUGCACCUGCUGAGGGAGAAGACGGGCUUCGGUUUCCGCAUCCUGGGGGGAGACGAGGCCGUGCAGGCUAUUGUUAUUGGCGCUAUCAUAGAGAACACUCCCGCUGAGCGCGACGGGCGCCUUCGACCCGGGGACGAGCUGAUUUCGGUGGAUAAGAAUGUGGUUGCUGGGAAACCGCACAAAUACGUGAUAGACUUGAUGCACGCGGCCGCUCGCAACGGUCAAGUCAGCUUGACUGUGAGAAGGAGGGUGCAAAUGCCUGGUGAACUUUGUCCGGUAAACGGCCGCAGCCCCGGCUCAGUGUCCACGCAGCACAGCUCUCCACGCAGCGACGCAGCCUCGGCACCAGCCACCGCAGCCGCCACCAUCUCCGUCGUCGCCUCGCUGACGGAGGGCUCCGCCGUGCACACCAGCGACGUGGUCAUUAACCGCAAGGAGAACGAAGGCUUCGGCUUCGUCAUCAUCAGCUCCCUGAACAGGCCUGAGAACGCCGCGGUCAUCACUGUGCCCCAUAAAAUUGGACGCAUCAUUGAAGGAAGCCCUGCAGACAGAUGUGGGAAGCUGAAGGUUGGUGACCGGAUCCUGGCUGUGAACGGACAGUCCAUCAUCAGCAUGCCACAUGCCGAUAUUGUCAAACUAAUUAAAGACGCUGGAUUAACGGUCACGCUGCACAUCAUACCAGAGGAAGGCUCCCAAUCUGGACCGAACUCAGAGAAACACAGCCCCCAGACCCAGCCCAACCCUGUAGCCCAGCCAAGCCAAGGAGGCGCCCAGUCAGGCCAAAUGGCUCCUCAGUCGGGCCAAACGGCCACUCAGCCAGGGCAAGCGCCGGCCCAGCCUGGCCAGACACCAGCUCAGACAAACCAAAUGGUGACUGGGCCUCCAGCACCAGCAGCCUCCCAGCCCGCUCCAGCUGGAACCCAGCAGAACCCCAUCACCCAGACUCCUGGCAUCCCUCCGCAGCUCUAUCUUCACGACGGCAGGUCAGAGGUAAAAGCAAGGCAGGACGUCAAGCCUGACUUCCGUCAUCCUCCGUUCACUGAUUAUCGGCAGCCUCCUGUUGACUACCGUCACCCACCGGUGACUGAUUAUCGCCAGCCGCCCACGCUGGACUACAGACACCCCCCUGGCCUGCUGGACUUCAGGCAGCACCCUGCAGCUGCUCAGUUUCCUUUGGGAAUCCCAGCGGACUUCAGACCGCAGGACUACGAUUACUUCACGGUGGAGCUGGAAAAAAGCACAAAGGGGUUUGGGUUCAGUAUCCGGGGGGGCAGAGAGUACAGCAUGGACCUGUUUGUGUUGCGGCUUGCAGAGGAUGGCCCUGCAAUACGAAACGGAAGGAUGAGGGUGGGCGAUCAGAUCAUAGAAAUUAAUGGAGACAGCACUCGGGACAUGACUCAUGCUCGCGCCAUCGAACUCAUAAAGGCAGGAGGCAGGCGGGUCAGGCUGCUGCUGAAGAGAGGCACAGGCCAGGUGCCAGAAUAUGGAAUGGUACCUUCCAACCUCUCCAUGUGCAUGAAAGGUGACACACUAAGCUCCCCCUAUUUCUUCUUAAUGGGCCACUCUAAAGACACGACUGUGCCGGCCCCUGGGAUUCCCUUUCUACAGCCCACUCUGCCCUGCAGGAAGUGACGGUGGAACCUCAUCUGAGUCCUCUGCUCCCAUCUCAUCCAGCUUCAGCCCCUGAAUCCCCUCAUCGACUCCACCCAGA